GAAAAACUUCAUUCCUGGUCCUGUUACUAAUUUUUGAAGUACGUGACCAAAGUAAACAUUUUAAUUAUAUUGAAAGAUUACGGUGAUGGUUGGUACACUUCUUAUCUUCAGCGUUGUCACCGUAAACAUAGUGAGCUCAACAGUAAUUAAUGGCGGAUGGAGCGUGUGGGGUCCAUGGAGCAUAGAAUGCAGUGAAAUAUGUGGCUUGGGUCGACAGUCAAGAUGGCGCUACUGUGACAAUCCUACACCAUCUUCAACUGGUUCCACAUGUGCUGGGAGCAACGUAGAUUACAAACCAUGUCAUUUAAAGCCAUGCACUGGAACUGUACUUGCAAAUGAUGGCCAAAGCUGCGAAAAUUAUUGUACAAGCUUAGGCGCAAGUGUAAAAUGCGGAACAGAUAUACAUACAGCCAAUCGAGUGGAAGCAUUCACGUUUCAGGGGGUAUCUUGUUCUAUUUUUUCAAUACCAACAUGGAACAACAAGUUUGAUCCUUCAUAUCAAGUGGCAACUAGUGCUUGUAACGGCUAUCUGCUCACCCCGGAGGAGAUUUCAUGUGAUGUAGCUCCACCACUGGGCUUCAGAAGAUUGUGUAACUGCUAUACUCAAGAUGAUGUAGGCUUUAGUCAGUGGACAUCUUGGGGAGCAUGUUCGACCACAUGUGGAAGCGGGACCCAAUAUCAAAGUCGAUACUGCCAAUAUCCCCCAUGUAGUGGAGAUAGCAGAAGACAAAGAUAUUGCAAUGAGCAGAAAUGUCCAGUACAUGGUGAUCUAUCUGAUUGGUCAGGCUGGUCAUCUUGCUCAGUCACAUGCGGAGGAGGGAUAAAAACACGAAAUCGAACAUGCACGAAUCCCAUACCAAUGUAUGAUGGCAAUCCGUGUUUUAACAUAGUUGAAGAAACAGGAUCGUGCAAUGUGCAAUGUUGUCCCAUCAAUGGAAGCUUCAGCCAGUGGACAUCAUGGAAUUCGUGUCCUGUUUGCACCGAUCCAUUGAAUGGUCGACACCAUUUGCGUUAUCGCCCCUGCCUGGAACCUCCACCAAUGUAUGGUGGACUGUCAUGUUUUGGAGAAUACGUGGAUAAAAUGCCGUGUGACGAUUUACCAAUUAAUGAAACAUGCCCAGAAACAUUGUUGAAACUUAAAGGAGUAUUAACAGAGCAACUUUGGGAAAAUCAACUUCUGUACCCUCCGAAUGCAAUAUAUGAUGAUUUAGUAGCAUUUAUUAGCAACAGCAUAUUUCUGUUUUAUGAAGAGUCACUUGCUCCAAUCAACUCUAGCGUCAGCAGUGUGAGUGUAGAGUCAUUUCAGUUGAUAAACAACAAAUUCACAUCUUUCAUUGACAUUGUGUAUAACUCAAUAAACAAGGAAGAAUAUAUUUAUCUUUUGGACGAAUUACAAAAACAUGGAUCCAUGCAAAAGUUGGCCAUCGAACUUAAUUCAUAUGAAGUCUCAAUCAAUGAAAGUUUGUUGACAAAUUUAUCGCUAUUGGGAGAAGUCCCAAAAGAAGAACCUGACAUCAACUCAGCAACUCCUUUAUCCUCCAACUCAUUUGAGAUUUCAUGGAAAAGCAUCGAUAACUCUAACUUCAAUGUUUUCAAAAACAACACCCACAACUUUACACUGGGUGGAUACUAUAUAUAUUUUCGCUAUGCUGAUGUGCGGGAAAGUCACUAUCAAGGACGGACAGUAUGGAUGAACGUUACAAGCACGUUGGUUACCGGUUUAAACCCAGGAACUUUAUAUAGAGUGGUAGUAUUGGGGUACAAUGCGUGGGGAAAUGGUGUACCAAGUAAAGUUGUCUCCGUUAAGACUUUACCACAAUUACCAGUUUUGCCACCUGAUGCUCCAGAGAUUAACAUCAAUGAAAUAAAUCCUGGUCACCUCUUUAUUCAAUGGGAAAAAAUCCCCUUAUUGUAUAUGAACGGCCAGCCAGUCUCAUACAAUAUGUACAUAAUACGAGAUUCCAACGGCCAUACAGAUUUCAGCGCAAAAAUUCCCUACACCUCAGAUCGAGUGCAGAUAGCUGAGCUAGCACCAGCUAAUCAUUUUGUCAUCAAAAUAUGUCCUGAGAACGAGGUUGGUGAAGGAUUGCAUUGCACAAAGACGACGUGGAGUACAAAGGGCAACACUCAAACAUGGCACUUCUUUAAUGUUCAAGUGCAACCACGGACCGCUCCAAAUAGCAUCACAAUUUCAUGGAACCCAGUCCCCUUUAAUUGGUAUUACGGCGAUUUGAUCGGAUACAACAUCAUUUACACGGUCACCAAAUAUGGAUUUAAUGACUUAGAUAAUCCCGUGACAAAAAACGUGUCGGUACCUGCCCAUCAGAACAGCUUGACAAUAAAUGACUUGGUAUUUUCUGGUCAUUACACAAUAAAUGUACAGGCUAUCAAUCAGGACGGAUAUGGAAUUGAGUCAGCGUUUGUGAAAACAGAAAAUUGUAUAUGUCCACUGGUGGUAACGACAAACUAUUUCAUGGAAAAACCAUACUUAUUCCGAAAUGACGAUGGGACUUUGACAGGUCUGUUUGUUGAUGUCGUGGACGGUCUCAUAGAGCAGGUUUGCAAAACGUGUUCAGUGAAUGGUGUGGAGAGGAAGUCAACUGUAGAUUGGGUUACCAACGGAAAGGGGAACUGGGCCGAGAAACACACAUCACAGGAAGCAUCCAGUGAUAUAAAUGGUUCGCCAUCAUUGUCAUUCCCGUUCUUCUUAGAUGAUAGUACAACAAGUUAUCUCACAGGAACAUUCGUACCUAUUAUUUCGUACCCAGGCAGUUUUCUUUUUACAAUGGUUCCCGCCUUUGACACCUUCGUUGAGUUACAAAUCAAAGAAAUCGCAUCCAUUUUACCUUUCAUCCUCAUCAUGUCCCUCUUCGUAGUCAUAUGUGGAAUUCUUUUGUGGAUUUGUGAACGAUCCAAAAAUUCCGAUCAGUUUCAUCCAGACUUUUUGAGAGGUGCUUUACUACAAGGAUUCUAUUGGUCCUUUGUAACCAUGACAACAGUUGGUUAUGGAGACAAACACGCCACAACAAUCCCAGGACGAAUAUUUGCAAUGUUUUGGAUUCUAGCAAGCAUGAUCAUAAUUAGUACCUUCUUAGGGAGUGUAACCACGGUUGUCAUGAAAACAGAAAAUUCAAAAUUCGAUUUUAAAAUGUUAGGUUCAAAAAUAUCAGUCUUAAAAGGAAGCUUAGAACAAAAAAUUGCGGAAACAGGCCAAGCGAAAGUAAGAGCGUUGAGAAAACCUGAAAAUGUAUCAUCAGUAUUGUUAUCAAGAAACGUGGACGGGGCGUUAGUUAAUGUAUACGACGCUGCUUUGAAUAUGGAACUGUUUAAUAUACCACAAAUGGUUGUGUUACGAACUGUAGAAACAAGCAAAUCUUACGGAAUUGUGCUUAGUUCGAAGUUGUCUACGUCAGCAGAUUUUUUUAACAGCGCUAUAAAAGCAAACGCCACUGCGAUCGCUUUAGCGUUUCAAAAAUACAUGCCAGCUUUAAAGUUCAAUUUUCCAGAGAAUGCUGAAAGUACAAGCCUGACAAGUGCUAAUUCACCACAGAUGAAAAUUGCCAUGGUAACGUUGAUUAUCAUGCUCAUCUUCUUCACUGGCGUGGGGGCAAGCGUCUGGUAUAUAGGAUUCAAAAGAUGGAAACGCAAAUAUACAACUGAAGCAACUCGACGUCGAAUAAAAGUGAAUCGUGAUGCCCGCAGAGAACUAACUGAAAUGAUUGAAAAGUGGAAAGAGAAAAUUACGAAAGACAUGGCUAAUAUGGAGAAAAAACACACGAAUGAAAAAUUGCAGGUGUGGAAAAAUUUAAAACCUGGUGUACAGGACACAAUCCGCCCAGAAAAUUACGCCAUUACGCCCAAGUAUAUGAACCGACCGUUUGUCACAAGCUGAAAGGUGAAGCAUAUAUUGCUAUGGUUGAUGACGCAUAUAUCCAAGUAAUUGCGGAAAAAAUAAAGUACUUCAACAGAGGGUAUAAUUUUAAUCAAAAACAAAUAUUACGACAGCACUGAUAAAAUUCGUUGUCAGGACUUCAACGCGUACAUGGCCCUUAACACUCUUGUUUAAAAAGAAAAGACGUGGAAAAGAGGGUGAGAAAAACACAAAAAAUAUUGUCUGUGACAGCGUGAACAUUUCAAAGUUCAGUUAUGGAUUUUUAUAAAAAUUGUAUUUAAUGUACCCUCAAUAUAAAUGGGAAAUUGUAAAAUAGAUAAAUAAAGAAUAUU